GCAUCAAGUCUCCGCUGCUCGCUCGACAGCUCAGCAGUGGUGAGGCCGCUCCGAACGCCCUGAACGCAACGUUAACGGGAAGAAGCAGAAAAACACUCCGGACGACGUGAACGCCUCAUAACUGUUGCAGCCACACUGACCACGGAUAUACAACCACUUAGACAUUUGUUUUCUACUUUCUUAGUGGCUGUUUUUUUUUAAUUUUUAUCUCAUAGCCUUGUAAGAAGAAGGGAAAAAAAGGCCGAGCUCAUAAUGGCGACAGCUGCCCCUGCUGGCUGCGGCCCCAGCCCCGGCUCCGGGUCGGGCACGGAGCUGGUCCGCGGGCAGGCCUUCGACGUCGGGCCUCGGUACAGCAACCUCUCCUACAUCGGGGAGGGAGCCUACGGGAUGGUGUGCUCUGCCUAUGACCGGGACAACAAGAUCCGUGUGGCCAUUAAGAAGAUCAGCCCUUUUGAGCACCAGACGUACUGCCAACGCACCCUGAGAGAGAUCAAAAUCCUUCUGCGCUUCAAACAUGAGAACAUCAUCGGCAUCAACGACAUCAUCCGCACACCGACCAUCGACCAGAUGAAGGACGUAUAUAUUGUCCAGGAUCUCAUGGAGACAGACCUGUACAAGCUCCUGAAGACUCAACACCUGAGCAACGACCACAUCUGCUACUUCCUCUACCAGAUCCUUCGAGGGCUCAAGUACAUCCACUCUGCCAACGUCCUGCACCGCGACCUGAAGCCCUCCAACCUUCUGCUCAACACCACCUGUGAUCUCAAGAUCUGUGAUUUUGGUUUGGCCCGCGUGGCCGACCCCGACCACGAUCACACCGGUUUCCUAACAGAGUAUGUAGCCACUCGUUGGUACCGAGCACCUGAGAUCAUGCUCAACUCCAAGGGCUAUACCAAGUCCAUAGACAUCUGGUCAGUGGGCUGCAUCCUGGCUGAGAUGUUGUCCAACAGGCCAAUCUUUCCCGGGAAGCACUACUUGGAUCAGCUUAACCACAUUUUGGGGAUCCUGGGUUCUCCCUCUCAGGAGGAUCUCAACUGCAUCAUCAACAUUAAGGCCAGGAACUAUCUUUUGUCGCUGCCUCUGCGCUGCAAAGUGCCGUGGAACCGCCUCUUCCCCAACGCUGAUCCCAAAGCUCUCGACCUGUUGGACAAGAUGUUGACCUUUAACCCUCACAAGAGGAUCGAGGUGGAGGAGGCCCUGGCGCACCCUUACCUGGAGCAGUAUUACGACCCCACAGAUGAGCCUGUUGCAGAGGCUCCAUUCAAGUUCGACAUGGAGCUGGAUGACCUACCCAAAGAGACACUGAAGGAGCUCAUCUUUGAAGAAACUGCACGUUUCCAGACGGCCUUUAGGUCCUAACAUCACACACAGAUGAUUGUGUGGACUGGCUCCUGCGUUGCCACUGCUCCUCCUCGCCUCCACACUGUUGCUGUGAUUUUGGUUUUUUUGGGUUUUUAUUUUCCUCUCCUGUUCUCCACAUCACCUGGAUUCCUUGGGUCUCACUCGUCAAGUCCACUUUGCUCAGGAAUGGCGUCAGGAAUCAAUCAAUCAAUCAAUCAAUCAAUCAUUCUCUUGUCUCUUUCUUUCUCUCUCUCUCUCUCUCUCUCUUCAACAUCACAGCUUACAGUUUGGGGGGGUGAUUUUGUGUUUUAAGCCAAGAUAAACAAUUUUUUUGUGUGUCUCAAAGGCGUUUUUGGCUCUGGCUAUUCCUACUCAAGACCUUUUCUGUCCAGCUGAAUGACCGUGAUAGACUAGCUGUUGUGUUUUCUGGUGCAGACGUCUGUCGUGGUUAUAACUCUGCCUGCAAACAAACAAACAAACAACGGUAGAUUACUUAUAAGAAUCAUCCAUCAUGAAAAAAAAGGGUCUUUUGAAUUUUCUAACCUUUGUCGCACUGUUACUAGGGAUACCUUGAUCUUUUUUCUCUUAUCGAAGGAAGAAAAACCUGAAUUAAAUCAACUGAUUUAUGCAAUGAAAUCACAUAAUCAGCCACAGACUUUGCGGGCCUAAAGCCAUCACUUGGUGUUGAUGAGGAUCUAUAUUUUAACAAAGACCUAUUUUAAUCCUUAACACACACACACACACAGACGGCCCGAAUGCAAAUAUAUACAUAUAAAUAUAUAUAUAUAUAUAUAUAUAGCCCAAAGAGUCUUAAGAUAUGUUAAUGGAAAGAGUGAUGAUUGAAGGUGAAUCAAAUGAGUUUAUAACCUUUUUUUUUUUUUUUUCCUUUUUAUUUCAACCUAAAAAAUGUCUCAUUUUUCUCAUCGGCUUCAGUAAAAUGUAAAAAGGGUUGUGCAUGGAGGGAUUUCACCAUCAAUUUCUGCCUUAGCCGUGAGAAACCUAAAGGAAAAGUCUGUUUAUUUCAUACAAGUCUGUAUGUACAGUAUGAUAUUUUUCACAUCGGGGGGUAAAAUUUACUGCGUCAGGACAAGAAAUCAGUUCAUCACACAGAACUUGUUUUCGUCUGGAGGAAACGUUGUCGUGCCUCCUUUUUCUUUUUGUUUGUGUUUGUGUUUUCUUCUUCUUCUUCUUCUUCUUCAGUGUCUGUUAAUCUCUCUCUCGCCUUGUUAGAAUAAUACUGUGCCCUUUGCAUGACUGUUAUAAGCUCUGUAUACAAAGACGACGAUGUUAAGUGCCACACCAGCCGGGCAGAUCUGCAGAGAGAGCGCCCCGGCUCUUUCUCUUCUACCUUUUGUGGUAUAUCACACUUCCCAAUCACAUGGUGCUUUUUGUCCUCUUUCUUUCUUUUGCUUCAGCAUUUUCUUUGUCUGUUUUUUUUUUUUUUUUUUUUCUUAUGUCAGUCUCCUCAUUUUUUUAUUUUAUUUCAUUUUUUAGCCAAACUCCCAUCUUGCAUGCUGAGACGUCUUGUUGUGGUUGCAAAAUAGGAGAAUAACCAUAUAUCUGUAUUUAUAUUAAUUACACAGAAACGGCAACACAUUGUUGUUCCCUCAAACUGAGAAAUGGGAUCCAGGCAGUUGAAACAACUCAAACUUAACAAAUCAGGUUUUUCCAUUUCGUCCGUUGUAAAAUAAAAUUGAAAAAAAAAAUGCUUUAAAUUGCACAUUUUCACGCCGAUAAGUUGUCAGUGCAACUUUAAAAAGAAGAAAAAAAAAAAGCAGCAGAAGUCAAGACCACGUUUUCAGUUCUUGUCAGUGACUGCUGAUUAAAGACUGUUGAAUUUGAAGAUUUUAUUUCAAGCGAAAGGAAUUAAGACUUUAACCCUCUAUGGUAUGACGUUGCCAUAUGGCAACAAACCCAUUUUAAGCCUUCUACAUAAAGACAAUACAUCCCCAGCUAUGAUGCAAUGAAUUAAAAGAGAGGUGGGAUUCUAAUUAUACCAAUAGUCAACCAAUUACUCAUGAUAUGGCACAAAAAUUUGAAUUAAAUAAUGAAAAUUGUAUUUUUAAAUUGUUUUUACUUUCAGAUGAGAUGCAUCUCAUGCAUGCAUUCAGGCUACUGGGGAUUGUUCAGACUAUAACAUGAGUUUUAAAAUAAAUGUUAAUACAAUUUUAAACAAAACUCUUGUUUUCAUUACUUUCUACUAUCGUAUAGUGUUGUCGUAUGGCAACGAACCCUAAAAACGACUAAAUAAAUAAUAUUUUUUGAAAAUAUCUCUUGAUUAUGUUUACUUGGUCUAUUUUAAGACAAAAAAACACCCAAAACAUUUUCUUACCAACUGGGAUCAUAAUGUGUACCAUAGAGGGUUAACGAUUAUAUAUAUAUGUGGAAACUUUUAGGCGGGGGAAACAAAACCAACAAGCCUAGAAGCAGCGAGGCGUCAUCAACCCUCCGCCUCAUUUCACUCGAGUAGCACUGCAGCGUUUGUUUACAAGUCGGGCCUCAAAUAUAUUCACUUUCAUGGUUGUUCGCUGGCAGUUCUGCAGCUUCAAAACGACAAAAAGAAAAGCUCAUUUUGGUGACGUGUGAGCGACCUAACGAAUGAAACAAAGAAGUAUUAUUUACGACACUAAAGCAUCUUAAAGAAGUCAAAAAAAUCUACCUGAAAAGGAUUCUUCAAGAAUCUUUCUCUGCUGGCACUUAAAGUAAGGAAUUAGAGAUUUAAAUAUAAAGUACGACAGAACGAUUGCGCUGCUUCAGGUGACUUUUCAUUCUUUUCUAAACGACGACGACGACAUAUGUGGCCUGUGACAGAAGUAUUGGGCGAGCUCCUGAUUUAUUUUUUUUAGGUUUCUGACGGAAGAUUAGUGAACAAACUUUUCCUAUUCUACAUCUGCGUUCAUGUCACAAAGACAAACGUUUUUCUUCAGGGGAAGAGCUGCUCUGGUCGAGUUAAAUCACAGCAGGCCGAGCCAAAGAAACACACUUUGUUUAUUUCUUUUGUUCUGGAUAAAUAACGUCAGACUGAAACUGAGUAGAGUCAAACACCGAGUCCUAACGGAGCCAGCGUCAGCAUCAAAAUCAGCUUGAUUGCACUUUUGAAAUGUCCUAAAUGGAUGCUAAAUGCUAAUUUAGAAAGCGGAAAUUAAGAGUUGUCUCUAAGAUUCCUCUUUAUUUCACGACAAUAACAUAAAUAAGGUGUCAACUGUCUGAGGGGGAACACCAGAGACCUGAAUAAUGUACUUUCUGUGUCAUUUCUAGUAAAAAUCACAAUAUAAAAGCUUUUAUUUUCUCUUAAAAAAGUACAAUUUGUAGGCUAAUCACCCAUCUCUUCAGUGGUUCUGUCUCCAGGCUGAUCAGCUGAUGGUUUGUUUACAUACAAAUGAGGUUCAGAGAUGUUUAAGAUGCCUCCUUUUAGGACGCGGUGUACGAGAGGUUAACGCUCUGCAGAAACACACUCAAGCCAUAAUCGGUCAUUGUGCUGCAACUCUGACCACACCCACCAGUGAUGUCAUCACUGCAGCCAGGCGGGAAGUUUAACUGCAAAAUCUCACGUUAUUCAGACGUAAAACUAAUUCAGAUUAAUCUGCAAAGCAAGAAAAAGCUAGAAAACAAUGCUUUAUUUAACAGGCAUGUAAAUGUAUAUUUCUGGGAAAGUUUUCUGGAAAGAACUCUGACUGAAGGCAAAUUUCAGUUAUCAAAAUUAAUAAACAUAAUCAGCAAUUACCUGCGAUUAUUUAACUUUAGUGUGGUACAGUACAAGAAUAAAUAUAUGGUCUCACUUAAUACCAUGGAGCCUUUCUUUGUUGU